CUGAUGGAGAAUUUGGAAGCGAGGUUUGGAAAUUUGAAGGAUGAGAUUGAGAGGUUGGGAAGAGAAGGAGAUAGAAGUCGGGGUUAUGAUGGCCAGUGUGAUUUUGAUGCAUUCUGGAAGAAUGAUGAUAUGCUCAGCAAAGAUCUUUGCAAAACGGAGUAUGAAGAAUUGAUGCAGGAUUGGAACUCAUUUGGGAUUGUCCAACCUUGGUUGUUUGAAAGGACUCUGAAACAAAGAGUAGAUCAAUUAGAAGAUGGUCAGAACAGCCCAAGAUAUCUGGAUAUGUUCAAGGAAAUAUCUUUGAGUAAACUUAGUACUGAAAGUAAACCGGAAAUUUAUCAAAGAGUGCGAGCUGAUUCAGAAGAUCCUAUUUUGGGAGAUCUUUGUGAUGACAUAACAGAAGAGAAGCUGAAGCAAGUUGAUGGGAUUGAAAAGCUUCCUUCAGACACAAAGAUAUCUGCUCCUCGUAGAAGAGUAAGAGCUGAUGCAAAGUUAAAAAAGGCACUUCGGUUUGCUAAAAAUCAUAUUAAGAAACUCUUCAAAGCCAAAAAUUCGAAGAUUAUUCAUAAAAGAUAUGUCAAUUGUACUCUUGAAGAGAUGUAUGUAAGAAUGAGACUCACCCUCCAAAGUAUCAUCUCUGAGGAACUUCUUGUUGAUGACUUGGUUUACUAUACAAUUGGCAUCCUCAACCUUAAGAAGCCGACUAAGUUAGACUGUAAGAAAUAAAGUAAAGGGAGAGAUUUUAAUGUUCAAUGAGACUCUCAAGAAGUUCACUUACAGGAAGCUAGAGGAGACAAUGCAGUCAAGUAGUUUGAGAGUAUUACUCAGAUACAUUAUUUCUCAAGCGGACGAGUCUAUUGCAGAAACACUUGAGCAUCUUCUGGACGCUGAGUAAAUUAUGAGUACAGCAAACCUUGAUUCUAGUACACUCACAAACAAAAGUUGCUUUAAG